AAUAUCUUUUUUUUCAUACAAAAAAAAAAAACCCACUCAGGCUGCGUGUUGGUAAACAGUUCUCUCUCUCGUGCGCGAUGAAUGCGAGAGCUUUUCUCGUCUCUUUCUCGCCACCCAAACACAACAAUUCGACUGACCUACCACCUCCAAGAAAGUUUUUCUGCUCCAAUUCGCGCACGAACACGCAUCUCCGGUUUCGAUUUCAGUUUCUCUCUCUAGAACGUACAGGUAUAAUUCAUGUUUCGGGUAUUGCGAAGGGCUCAGGCUCAGCUUUGAGAGAGAUUGGCAAAGUUUGGGCAGACGUGAAGUCGGAGCCGUACGAAAUAGCUGACUCGGCGGCAGCCGAAUCGGUGAAGUUUGGGGACUCCCUGAGCGACGUCGUAUUGGAGAAUGACGACUUGGACAGUUCGCUUCCAUGGUGGGAACAGAUCCCCAAACGUUGGGUCAUCGUGAUUCUCUGCUUCUCCGCUUUUCUACUUUGCAAUAUGGAUAGAGUAAACAUGAGCAUUGCUAUUCUUCCAAUGUCCCAAGAAUUCAACUGGAAUCCAACAACUGUUGGUUUGGUACAAUCUUCCUUUUUCUGGGGCUACCUUCUUACUCAGAUUGCUGGAGGUAUUUGGGCAGACACAGUUGGUGGGAAGGUUGUACUGGGAUUUGGUGUAAUUUGGUGGUCUGUUGCUACAGCUCUCACUCCAGUUGCUGCUAAGUUAGGAUUGCCUUUUCUACUAGUUGCUCGAGCUUUCAUGGGGAUUGGUGAGGGCGUUGCAAUGCCAGCUAUGAAUAAUCUUCUAUCAAAAUGGGUUCCUGUAGCAGAGAGAAGUAGAUCAUUGGCACUUGUAUACAGUGGAAUGUACCUUGGAUCUGUAACUGGCCUGGCGUUUUCACCAUUUUUGAUACAUAAGUUUGGGUGGCCAUCCGUCUUUUACUCCUUUGGUUCUAUAGGAACAAUUUGGUUUGCAGUAUGGCUAGCUAAGGCACACAGUUCACCUCUUGAUGAUCCUCAACUGCGGCCUGAAGAAAAGAAGCUGAUUCUUAGCAACAGCUUUUCGAAAGAACCUGUUAAAACAAUACCUUGGAGAUUGAUCUUGUCAAAAGCACCUGUAUGGGCCUUAAUAGUGUGUCACUUCUGUCACAAUUGGGGGACGUUUAUUCUUCUGACGUGGAUGCCUACGUACUACAACCAGGUCUUGAAGUUCAAUCUUACAGAGUCUGGUCUGCUUUGUGUAUUGCCCUGGCUUACAAUGGCAAUUUCUGCAAAUGUUGGAGGGUGGAUUGCGGACACACUUGUGAGCAAAGGUUUAUCUGUGACUAUGGUCCGAAAGAUCAUGCAGACGAUUGGAUUUCUUGGCCCUGCAUUCUUCCUAACUCAGUUGAGCCAUAUUAAUUCCCCUGCAAUGGCUGUUUUGUGCAUGGCUUGUAGUCAGGGAACUGAUGCAUUCUCACAGUCUGGUUUAUAUUCAAACCAUCAGGAUAUUGCCCCUCGAUAUUCUGGGGUAUUGCUUGGUCUAUCCAAUACUGCUGGAGUAUUGGCAGGCGUCUUUGGAACUGCUGCAACUGGUUAUAUUUUGCAACAUGGUUCUUGGGACGACGUCUUCAAGGUUUCAGUUGGACUGUAUUUGGUUGGGACCGUAGUCUGGAAUCUCUUUUCAACUGGUGAGAAAAUAUUGGAUUAAUUCUUAGAUAUACUGGUCUUACGGAUGCGGCAAGCAUGAGUAGAAAAGAGGGGUGCAAUUGAAGAAAAGGGAAGAAAGUGAAUGAACUUGGUUAGGAAUUAAGGAGAGAGCAAGUUGAUUUAUGUGCUUGUUCCUCUUGAAGAAUAGGAGAAAUUUUUUGAACCCCAUGCAAGGAGCCAACUAAAGAUGCUUCUAUGCCAGCGCCCGCGCAUAUAAGCGGAUUUUAGUUCGAUUAAGUGGCUCCUCUCCCAUGCCAUCUUAAUUGAGGGAAGAUUAGUACAUAAAACCAUCCUCACACUGCCUGUAUAUGUUAUUUAGGACCAAAUCUAACACCAAUUUUGUCAUUAUUAAUUGAAUAAAUAUUGAUUUAUCUCAUUUCUAGCAUUUAUUAGAAAAAAUUCAUCUUCAAAUUAAACUCCUGUGCUGUUAUAGGUCUAUGGAAGUAUGUAUAUGACGAUAAAAGAGAAAAAUAGUACUGCAUUUUCAGAUGUUCA